CCUUCCGUACGUUUUGACGUACACGGACGUACGUAUGCGGAAACUCAGUUGUAAACAAAAAAAGGACAAUCACUGCACUUCUCUUCGGAGCUGAAAUACAAACGAAAACAUAGUUAUAUUUGUUGAACGCAGUUCGUUAAAGGUUCCAAAUAGUGGCAGUGGUUAAUGCAAUCGCUAGCUCAUUACUUUAAGAAGACAUACUUUGGUGUUGUUGGCCCGCAGAAACAACUGCAGCCAACAUGUCUAGGAAACAGACGCCGAAACCUGUACGGAGCAACAAGAAGUGCGAAUUGGAACGAAAGAGGGAUGAGCGAGCAGCACGCAGGGCCAUCGUAAAGGACCGCAAGAACCGGCCUCAGGAUUGCGAUGAAGGAGCAGAGUUUGUCAGUUUCUCCAAUCAGCUCCAGGCGCUAGGGCUCAAGCUGAGAGAAGUCCCCGGAGAUGGGAACUGCCUGUUCAGAGCUCUAGGUGAUCAGUUAGAAGGUCACUCCCGAGGUCACCUGCGGCUUCGGCAGGAGACUGUCCAAUAUAUGAUGUCCCAUCGACAGGACUUUGAACCCUUCGUCGAGGACGAUGUGCCCUUCGCACAGCAUUUGUCCAACCUCUCUCAGGCUGGUACGUUUGCUGGCAAUGAUGCUAUCGUGGCCUUUGCCCGCAGUCAACAGGUGAAAGUGGUCAUCCAUCAGCUUAACGCACCACUGUGGGAGAUAAACGGCGCAGAGAAGCAGGUGUGCAGAGAGCUGCACAUUGCCUACCGCUAUGGAGAUCAUUAUGACAGUGUGAGACGGAUUGGAGACAACUCUGAGAAUCCUGCUCAGCUCCGCAUAGAGAAUCUGCAGAAUUCACAAGGCCAGCAGCGUGAGUUUGGAGAUGGUCAGAGGGACAGACAGAAGAACCUUUCUUCCACAUCCUCAGAAGAGGACAACGUGAUCCUGAGCUCAAUCAAGAAUCGAGGAAUCCAGGGUGAUGAGGAAAACCUGCUCCAGCUGAGUGCGGCUACCAUCAAUGCUGAAUGGCUUGUUGGCUCCAUGCUGGGCCAGUCCUGCCAGGGCCAGUGUUCCUCAGGAUCCUGCUCAGCCUGUAGAGCUGCAUCUGCAGACUGCAGUGAGCAUAAACAGCCAGCAGAGGGCAUCAACGUACAAAAACCAAAGGUAUCUAACAAGCAGAGGAAAGAGCAGCUGCGGCAAGAGAAGAAGAAGCGCCAGGAGGAGAGGCAUCGGCAGAAGUUUCUCCAGAGUAAAGGAAGUCAGGACCAGAACCAGAACCUGCCAGAGGCUGUUACUUUAGUACCAGCUCUCAACACUCUCAGUAUAUAGACUGGAGCAUGGCCAAAAUAACGUACUGCUACUGUAGCUACCGGUGGCUGACGCGAUCUACAAAGUUUUGCACAUAGUAAAGUUAGAUUCAGUCACAGCGGAUGACUUUUCCUAAAGAGAAUCCUAUAGUUUCUUUGCAAACGGUAUAACGGUGCCUGCAAACUUGUGUGUGUGAGAUGUGUGAAAGUUGUAAAAGACAGAGAGUGAAAGAGCAUGACUUUCAGUGUUUUUAUUAGGUUUUGGUUCAGUUCAAUACCUGGUUGGUGUCGGUGUAAGUAGAAUCUCCUCUGCCUACCACGCUACCUAACCCCUUUCUAUGCUGGACAUCUGGCUUUUCAUGACAACCAUGCAGAUAAUCUUGUGUAGCUGGGCUUUUUGAUUUGCCACAGACUGAGUUAACGUCAGAUGUUCAGAUCGUUUUGUUUGUUCUGUCUGACCAAAGAAAGAAGUAAAGGAAGAGCGGCAGAUGGAUGAUUGUCAUGCACACUGUGUAAGUAAUGUGGCAAUAAAUAAUAAUAAAUGAUGAUAUAAUGUU